CAGGGUUUCUGCAGAGAGAUCCGCUGUUAGUCUGAUAGGCUUCCCUUUGUGGGUAACCCGACGUUUCUCUCUGGCUGCCCUUAACAUUUUUUCCUUCAUUUCCACCUUGGUGAAUCUGAAAAUUAGGUGUCUUGGGGUUACUCUUCUCAAGGAGUAUCUUUGUGGUGUUCUCUGUAUUUCCUGAAUUUGAAUGUUGGCCUGCCUUGUCUAGCUUCAAAUCUUUAGAGGUCUUAUCCUCCCCAUGCCAUAGUUCUGUCUCCUGGGUUGGUUUAUCUGAAAAAUAUUUCUUACUGAGAUUUUGAGACAGAUUCUUGCCUUCUUCACCUGAGCUUAAGUGUGGGUCUGGCUUGCUAGUGGUCUUGCUGCCUGGAGAGUGGGAGUGCUCUCACUUCAUUUUGCACCGUACAUCCCUGUUCUCAAGGUCAGCAGCAGAUAGAAACUGCUCUUUCCCACUUUUGAAAGACUCCAUAUUCCAUAAGAGUUUCCAAAUGAAUUUCAAGUUCUAGCUUGAGAAAGCAGAAAUAAGAUUGAGGAAAGCCAAUAAGUGUUUUUAACCUUCCCACCUAAGAGUAGUAGUAAUUUUGGUAGUGCUACUAGAAGUAAUUGUGGUAUAGCAGCAGCAGCAAUAAUAAUAAUAGUAGUAGUAGUAGUCAUCAUCAUUGUCUUAGUAGUAGUUAACAUUUUUGCCCCUUUUUACAACAAAGUAUGAUGAAAACUUCUGAACAUGCAUUUUAUGAUUUAAACCUUCCAAUGACCCUGUGAGGUGAGCCUGUCACUAUUUCUCUUGUAGAGUUGAAGAUGCUGAGGCUCUGCAGGUGAAGCAAAUUGCCUGAGUAGUAACAUGGAGAAUCGGUAUUCAAAGCCAGGUUUAAUUUCAGAAACUGAGUACACUGUUCCACAUUCUGGAAUACAUUAAUUGGCUCUUGGGGCAGAGGCCACUGACUCAAAUGCCUAUAGGAGCCAGUUCAGAAGUGAAAGUUGGUGGACAGGGCCCAGAAUUAGGAAGACAGCAGUGCAAGCUAGAUGAUAAAUGGCAACUGACAUUCUUCCUCAGUGUUGGGGUGCUAUGAGGCAUGGUGGGGACUGGGGUUGUUGGAGAACAUAUGUCCUAUCUAAAAAAAUGACAGCUACUACUAAAUCCAGCAGUUGUUCUCAUAGAGAAAUAAACUUUUUAAUGCAGAAAUUUUAAAAAGAUGAUGAAAACAUGGAUUUUAUAUAAUAUUUCUCAAUUAUUAAAUAUUGGCAUUAGAUGCAAAUGAAAAGCUAAACAAAACACUGUGAGGGUUAAAAUAAUUAUGUCUGGGCACCAAGUUGGGCCUGAUGUGUUACCUCUCUCAGGGAAAAAUUUUGGAACAUUCAAACCAUGUCAAUGAGUGAUGACACAAUACAAUAAGAGAUAUAAUCUUCUGUAUUGGCCAGUAGUUGGACUGUCCUUAGCCAUUCCAUCAACAAUUGCUUUACGGAAGACUCUGGGGAAAUCCCAGUUUAUUAAAUGUUGUAUAAAGACUGAAAGAAAUCACAUAAGUAAUAAUGAUUGUAUUCUUAAGCCCCUACUGUGUGCCAAGCACUUUGUAUAGCUAUUUUAUUUAAUUCCCAUAACAUUCCUGUUAGACAUGUGAGGAUAGAUAUUUGAGAGGUCAAAAAAUAAUAGCAGCAACUUGCCAAAAAUGUAUAGCUCUAGCAAGGGGCAGUGUGGGGUGUGAAUCCAGAUGUGCAUGAUUCCAGAGCCCUUUGUCUUCCUGCUCAGCUCUGCUGCCUUUACAGUGACAUAUUGCUGUGAAGUUGGCAUUAUGCUGGAUCUCACAUAGGCAGGGAAAGGCUGUCCAUGUUGUUCAGCAUGACUUUCAGUUUCAACAAGGAGAUUCCUCUAAUCAAAAUUAUCUUUGUACACUACCAGAAAUUAUUCCCUUUCACAUUAUCACUCAGGCUGAAAUUUGAGCCUUCACAGAUUCUUUAGUUUUAACAAGCAUACUCCUAUGAAGGUGCCUGCUCAAGCAGUCUUUCCUUCAUUCACGUGUUAACAUGAAGUUAAUCAGAUUAUAUCCUUCAAACAACUAGCUGAGAUCAUAGGAAUUUCCCUGGACAGCAGGGAGGAGGAAGUGGCUCUUCAGAAAUAUGUGUCAUUGAUUAGAUGGGGUGACCGGGCUGUGGAAGUUGGGAUAGGCCCUGUGUACCACGGGCAGGUUUCUGGCUGCUUCAGAAGCAGAAGAGUGGGCACAGAAGUUUGUUAAUUAUGUUACCUUCUGCCUAGAUCUGUCCCCUCAACUAGACAAAACCAUAUUAUUGGCUGGUGUUUUUUAUCCUAUUAUAUUUAUGGUACAGAAAUGUAGCAUUUUUUUUUGGCUGUGAAUUAGAUUUUGAAUAUUUUUUAUGUUUCUAAAAUAAAACUAUUAUCUUUAGAAAAUUAAUGUUCUUUUUUCCCGAUUAAGGAACAGACUCUGUCAAUAAUUAAAGAGAAAACAAAGCUGAAGAAAUAAUCACAAAAUAGUUCUCUCUAAGGGAUAGGAUUAUGGACUUUCAAUGUAUUGUUUGAAUUUUUUAUAAUAAGAUAACUCAUUUUAGAAGGAGAACAAACAAUAGAGUUUUGGCAUUGGAGGAGGGUGAAUGAAAAAUUUCUUAGUUGUCAGGGUGUAGUCAGAAUGAGGUGGGCAAGUUUUACUGCCUGUGAGUUAGAAUCUGUGAUUACCUCAAGGAGAGAGGCCCUAUUGAGGGUAUGAGGCUCAUGAAAGGGAACAGAGGAGGGGCCGACUCUCCAAGUUUUAGGUGGUCUUUCCUUCUCCCUACUUCUGAAGCCCCAAGGAAUGUGGGGUUUCUCCACAGUUUUUUUUUUCCUUCUGGAAGUGAGAAUGAGAAUUUGGAAGAAUUCAGGGUGAUUCAGUACUCAGAAUUCCCUGACAUCUGUUAAACCUUAGUACUGACUGUUAUUUAUUAGACAGCUUUGCCCAAAACAGUCCUAAAUGUUUACUGUGCCAGCCUUGCUAGAGUUUGCUCAUGCCUUCUUGUAACCUGAAUCCUACCUCCCAAGUUUUUAGAAGUCUCAGAAUAGUUCUGUUUUCUUUCCCUUUUUGUUCAUUUUAGAUAUCAGCUAUGAAAAAUUUUAUUCUUUCAUUUUGGUUCAGAUGCAGCUUGGGAUCCUCAACUUAUUUCCCUAUUUAUUUGUCAAUGGAAAUUAUUGCUUUGCCUUACUAUAAUAUACUGUCUCUCUGCAAUUUCUGAAUUUUCCAGGAGUAGAAGAAUAUAUGCAAAUGUUUUGCAUAUAUUAGUGCAUAAUAACUAAGCUUUACCCUCUGUAAAUAAACUCAAAACUGGUGGACAGUGGUUGUAAGUGGAAUGAGUCAGGUGAUAAUGACUUAUCCAUUUGAACCUUAAACAUACCUCUUUGGUCAGUCCUCAGAGUCCCUUACUGGUAUUGAAGAGUAAGAGAUCUACAAAGAAGAAUAUUAGGAUCUAGGAACUCAGAAGGCUCUUUGGUCAUUAAAGGCAAAAUGACAAUCACAUCCUUUAAAAUCAAAUUUGUUAUGUAAUUAUUCCAUUUGUCUAUCCCACAGAUAUCUGGUAUAAGGAAAGGCUUUUAUGGGUGAAACUGUUCUAUUCUUUGUGAUACUGUUGGAGAAAAGACCCAUUUAUUUAGUUCCCAAGAAAGGUUAUCUAUAGCAAUGUCUUUUAAUAUGACAUGUUCCUCAAUGAUUUCUCUUUAAAAAUCCAUCCACCUCUGUGGUCUGCUCUCUUGUCAGCUCAUCUAUUUAAUUUUGGCUGCCCUUUUCAAAAUUGAAGCCAUCGGUGUUCUUGGCAUCAGCAGAUUUCUGUCAAUCCUCUUUUUAUCAGUUUUUUUCUCUGUCUAUAUCUGAGUCGCCCACUUGGCCCCCUAACCUGUAGCUACACAGAAUUGCUUGCUUGUACUACUUCAAACAUAUCCCACCCUUGUGGCCUCAUCACUCAAAUAUCUGUGUUUUCUAAGGCCUUCCCUUUCCCUAUAAUUGAUGAAAGCCCCCUGCUAUUAAAGACUCGCCUUAUACAUCACCUGUCCUAUCUUUCUCCACCUUGGCCCUCCAUCCUAAGCAAAAUUAGGCUAUCUGCCUUUUGUGCUCCAGUAGCAUAGCUACGAUAUCAUGAUCUCUGCCUCACUCCACAGACCAGAGUUCCUUCAUGUAGAGUACAAGAUGAUCCAGGCAGCGUUCGACCUAUUUUUAUUGAUUUGAAAUCUAAGGCAAUACGAUACGGAAAACAUGAAUCAAAGAGACCGACCAUUCAUGACAAUUCAGAGAAAUGAUAGCUCAGAUAAUCUGGUAUUCCAUAUGAAAAAUGAGAUGAGAAACAUCAAGUACAAACCAGUAGACUAUCAACAAUUGCGUGCAUUAACUGAAGCAAAGAAAUUGGCUUCUGCCUCUGCAAAGCUAAAGAUCAGAAAAGCAAUGUUGACUUCAAAGUUAUCCAAAGAACAAACACUAAUAAAACAACACAAGCAAGUGUGGUGGCAGGAAUACCAGAGGCUGAAUGAAGUCAGAUGUAAAAUGGAAUCUGAAAUAAAAUCCCUUCUCAAUGAAGAGAACAUUGGAAAUGAAUGUCUUUGUGACCUUACAAAUUUUGAGCAAGAGCUAUCAGAACAAUGGUGCACAUAUCUUAAAAAUAUAAUAAAUCCUAUUCAGCAGCUGAGAGCAGAUCUAAAAUACAGACAGCAUCACACUUUGCAGCAUUCACACCCACAUAUUGAGUUUAACUCUGUGAAAGUAUUGGAAGAGGUUGACUUUGUGAAGAAACAAUUGAAAACUGUCUUUGAAAGACUGAGGCUGGAGCAACAGAGAAUAGAAAAUGAUCUUUCAGACUGGAGUAUAAAGAUUCUAGAUCAUUCUUUGGAAGAAAAGACUAACCCGCUUAGUGAACUGCCCAUUGAAUUAGAAAGUUUGGAAUGCCCAUACCCUGAUUUGAAAUCUUCAAUUCUCAGUGAGUUCUAUAAGUUUACACAGAAAUAUCAAAAGAAGCUUCAAGACUUUAAUCUGAAGUUGGAAGACAUAUACAGAAACUGUCAACUAAGUGAAGAAGACCACUGGAUUUACCAGGCUAUUUUGGAUCAGUACCCUGCAGAUCUCUUUGGAAGAAGGACUCUGUAUCUGGACAUGUUACAAAGAUAUUUUCCUCACAAAUCUAGGCAUGAUUUGGUUGAACACGAGAAAUAUUGUGACCAAUAUCGCUUUGCUAUAGAGCAGCAAAAUAUCCUGAUAUCAAAUUGGAAUAAAAAUAGGAAAGACUUUAUACAGAAGGCUGUGCUGACACUCACUGAGGCUUGUGCAACUCAUGAAAUGGAGAGCACGUUGGCUAAGGACAAGAAAAAGCAACAGGAAUUGUGUGCUGAUCUGAAAGCCAAGGAAAUGAUUCUAUUCAGAGAUAACCAAUGUCAUUAUUUGGUUCGUCAAUGGCGAGCCCACCAAGAAGAGGUAGCAAGACUGGAAAUGGAAAUUUCUGCCAGAAGAAGAGAAAAGGAAGAGGAGAAAGAGAAACUGUGGAAGAAGAAGGAAUUGUUGCAAAGAGCAGAGAAGAAAAAAAAAAUAAAAAAAUACUGGGCCAAGAAAAAACAGAAGUGGCAGGAAAUGGAAAUGAGAGAUCUUCAGCGUCUAGAAGAACUGAAGAAAUUAAUGGCCGAACAGUCACUAAAAGACAGAGAAAGGGUUAAAUAUAGACAAGAAUUAUUGGAAAGGCGUUUGAUGGAGAAAAAGGAAGUGGCCCUUCAAGAAGCUCAUGAAGACAAAGAGAGAGCACGGCGGCUAGAAGCCCUUAGGAAACAGGUUGCUGUUGUUGCUCAAUUUGAUCCUGUUAGAAUGAUGUCAGAUACAAUGGCAUCAAAAGCUAGAAUGGGCAUUGAAAUUGAAGAAGAAUUUAUUCUUCAAAAGCCACUCUUCACAUUGAAUACAUACAAUGAACAGCAGAUAAUUUCUGACCCUAGACUUCGCUUCGAGUUAGCGCUUCGAGAAGCUGGACUUCAUAGAACACUUUAUGCUAAAGAGAUAUUACCAAAAAUUAGUCCUCAAAAACCUCCAAGAAAGGACAUGGAGUCUACUGUAUUUAAAAUAUAGAGCUCACCCUCAAAUUCUAUAUGUAAAGAGCAUUUUUCUUUGAAAACAUGUAUAUGGAUAAUAAUAAUUACUACUUUCUAAAAUGUUUGAAAUAUCAGACAUAGAAAUCAUAGCAUCUAUUAAAACAACUUUGCCUUUCUUUUGUGAUUCUUAGAAUUUCAUGCACUAUAUUUCCUGUAUCUUUAAGUUAUAUUUAAUAGUACUAAAUUCCCCCAAAUUAUGGAACUUAAUUAUGGCACAUAUAGUACUUAUAGUAUAAUUUAGUAAACUACAUGUUGGAGGUUAUGUUAUCCUAUAAAAAGAGCUCAAAAUAACUUUGUGAGAAUUAUAAAUUAUGUAGCUGCUACCUGCUAAUGUUCAUUUCUGCUUGUUAUUUCAGAAUUUGACUUUUUAAUUAUGGAAGCUUCAUUAUCAUUAAUACUUCUAUUAUUUCUUGGUUAUUAUAAGAGGAGACUCAACCUUUCUCUAAAUUUAGAAACCAAUUUGGUACACCAUGUUUACUGCAAACCAAUCAUCCAAACAAUUUCAUUUUGCAAAUUAGCCCUUAAGAAUAAAUUAGAAAUUAGAAAUAGCAUUUCAAGCAUGGGAAUAUCUGUUUUGGUUUGGAAAUAUAUAUUUGUGUGAUUGUUUAGAAGAAAUAUUUAAAAUUUCAUAAUAUUUGGAAUGCUGUCAAAAAUUCCAAAUUAUCUAUUAAAUAUUUAGAUGAUUUUAUAGAAAAGGAGCAUUUAAAAUAAAACUCAAACAUAAAUAUU